AUGCAACCCAAAUCCGCCGCCAGACUGACCAGGUUCCGCUCAACUCCGACGACCUGGUUGGAAUCACUUCUUUUGAAAGAGGAGGAGGAGGAAGAAGAAGAAGAAGAAAGCGAAGAAGGUGAAGAUGAGCCCUUGAGCUUUACUCAGCUGCUUUCUACCAUCGCUGCUCCCUCUUCAUCCCAACACCAACACUAUGGAACACAGGAUUACUCUCCCACCUCUAUGCCCAUGCCCACGCCCAAUCCAAUCGCACACAAGGUUACUCCCCCCGACAUCAAAAUGGACAACAUGUUCACGUUUGAGGAUUCGUUACCUUGUAGAGUUCGAGCAAAGCGUGGCUGUGCUACGCAUCCCAGGAGUAUUGCCGAAAGGGUUCGCAGGACCCGUAUCAGUGACCGCAUCAGAAAGCUUCAAGAACUUGUGCCAAACAUGGAUAAGCAAACAAAUACUGCAGACAUGUUAGAUGAGGCGGUAGCUUAUGUGAAGUUUCUACAAAAGCAAAUUGAGGAACUGACAGAGCAUCAACGUAGGUGUAAAUGUAUGGUUCAAGAGUGA